UAAGGCUAGCCUUUAUUUCCUUGGUCUGUCGUCCACUGUAAUGAUGCACGGAUGCUAGUUUGCUAAUUUAGCUAAAUGUAUUCUGUGAAGGAGUUGGAAAAUUUGACUGUUGUGCUGGCGCUUCAGAAUAUAAAUAAUCGUUAUGAAAUAGCACCGGUUAGCUUAGCUUAACCUAUUUCGACUGUGAUUGAGGUUAUCUUUCGCCGUUUUGCUUAUGUAGCCUAUGCGGACGACUAAGUCUUAGACUAAAGCUGUUUGCAAAUUACAAUCCAGUUAACGCGACGCUCGACCUGCAGCAGGCGGUGGAUCUAGUCCAAUUGAAUUAGAUAACCCGGCAGGAGCAUGGUCUUGCUGUGGGUAUUGGCAGGGGUAGUGUAGACCGGUCCUAAUGGCUAUACAGUAUAAUGCUGCAGCAGCGGCAAGGACAUCAGCUGGCUGCAAUAUUCCGUAUAUUGCAAGCUUUGAAUAUAGGAGAUCAUGGGUUUGCGCUUCGAUGCGAUUUUCCCUAGCCUAUGUAACGGGAGAUGCAGCUUGCUAGCAUACUGUAAUCGCAUAGUUUUGGGAAGAAGUGAAUAAAGUUUUGCUUUUGAGCCAAAUAUGCAGGAUAACGUUUGUGCAACGCAUUUGAUGUUACGAUACGUUUCAUGACUGUAGAAAUUCAGUUGUCGCAGCUUUGAAUUGUGUUGCCUGUCAGCCAUAACUAAAGUAACGAUAACGCAUGUGUGCAGAACUAGCUAGUCAGCAGGGUAUAUACGUAACGAAAUGGCUCCUCCCCAUAAAUUUCAGCUUUCAGUUUUUGAACCAUAGAAUAUAUGAAAAUGUUUUAUAUAGCUUUAGCUGAAUGUCCUUUUAAAAUAUGCGAUGUCAGUUGAUUUUUAAAGUGAAAGUGGUUGUGUGAUCGCUUACUGGGCACUGCUUGGAGGUGUAGAGCAACAUUAACGUGAAAGCCAUCUGUCAUUUAGUCCUGGAACGCCCACUCCAGACAGUUCACUACGGUUUGGAUCGGGCAGGCCAUAUGUCACAGUAGGUCUGUUAAUCUUAAUAUCAUUUGAACGCAACACACUGUCAGUGAGUCCUGUUGGCAGAUAUGCUUCCCUUGAACAGGGUAGUUUGUGCGUAUAUCAGUGUGUGGUGUAGACUAAACCAGCGUUUCCCAACCUUUUUCCUUCCGCGGCACACUUUCCAAAUUUACAGAAUCUCAUGGCACACCACUCUCAAAAGCAUCAAGGCAUUAUAAAAAAUAAACACCCUGCAAGCGACGUACUGACGUUGAUGUGACGUGCCAACAGUAGCCCGAAAUGUUCUUUUGGGGCUUUAAUUAAGCGAUAUGCAUUUUAAUGACAUUUAUUUUGGGUUUUGUGAAUGGGAUUUGUUCAUUUAAGUUUUCUUAAUUCAGUUGAACAUUAAAAAAAUUUUUUAAAGAAUUUUUCACACGGCAGUGUGCCGCGGCGCACCGGUUGGGACUAAACGACUGCGCUUUGGGUGUAUCAGCAAAGCGUCGCCGUAGGCUACACGAACCCAAACACAUGGAAAAUAAAACCUGUUUUGAAGUGAAACUUUAAUGAGACCAGACUGCGAGAUGUGCGAAUUUUUCUGCAAAAAGACUCAAAGAUGUAGCCGAUCAGGUUGCAGUGCACUGUGGAGACUUUCUCAAGUGGAAUGUUACGAUAAAGCAUCUGAGAGCGAUGGACUUGGAGGACGACCACCUCGUCCCCAGAGACGUCCUGCCGGUGGUGGUCAUCGGUAACGGGCCGUCUGGGAUCUGCCUGUCGUACCUGCUGUCGGGGUACGUGCCGUACCCGUCGCCCGAGGGCAGCCACCCGAACCCCAUCCUCCAGCGCAAGCUGCAGCAGCAGCCUCACCUGUCUCUGCUGGAACAGGAUCUGGAGUACCUGUGCGAGGGCCUGGAGGGCCGCUCCUCGAACCCGGUGGCGGUGCUCUUCGAUUCGCUCCUCCUGCCCGACAGCGACUUUGGGGCCGACUACCCCUCGCCCCUGCAGUGGCGCUACGAGCCGGAGCGGGCCGUCCCGCACGUGGUCCUGGGGAAGGGGCCGCCCGGGGGUGCCUGGCACGCCAUGGAGGGCUCCAUGCUCACUCUCAGCCUGGCCAAUUGGAUGGAGCUGCCGGGCCUGAAGCUGAAGGACUGGGUGCGAGAGAAACGCAGGAGCGUGCGUAACGACCGCGCCACGCCGGCGGAGAUCGCCUCGUACUACCAGCACUACGUGUCGCUGAUGGGGCUGCAGGACCGCUUCGCCUGCGGCACCACAGUGACAUCACUGCAGCGCGCGGGCGGGGAGGCGGGGCCCGGCGUCUGGAGGGUGCGCGGCAUGCGCAGGGAGGCGGGGCCGGGCGACGGGGGAGGGGCGGGGGCGGAGCGGCCCUUCAGCCUGCUGGCGCGGAGCGUGGUGCUCGCCACGGGGACCCACGACGUCCCCGCCCGCCUGGGCGUGCCCGGCGAGGACCUGCCCCACGUCCGCCACGGCUUCUGGGAGCUGGAGGCCGCCAUCUCGGCCGGCCGCCUGGGCCCCGCCUCCGACCCGCUGCUGGUGGUGGGGGCGGGGCUGACGGCGGCCGACGCCGUCCUGGCCGCCCGCCACCUCAACGCCCCCGUCCGCCACGCCUUCCGCCGCGCGGUGACCGACCCCGCCCUCAUCUUCAACCAGCUGCCCAAGGUGCUGUACCCCGAGUACCACAAGGUGCACCAGAUGAUGACCCAGCAGCAGGACAGGGGGGAGGCCCCCUCCAGCUGCUACCCGGGCUACGUCAGCUAUCCCCGCCACCGGGUGGUGGCCUUCCUCCCGGACAGGAAGUGCGUGCUGGAGGGCGAGGGGGGGCGGCGCACCGUGCUGCAGGUCUCCAUGGUGCUGGUCCUGAUCGGGUCGUACCCGAACCUGUCCUUCCUGCCGGAGGACGGGCGGCCGCUGGGCCUGGACCCGGACGAGCGCAUCGGCUGCCGGCGGAACCCGCUGCAGGUGGACCCCUUCACCCACGAGUGCGUCCGCGAGCCCGGCCUGUACGCCAUGGGCCCGCUGGUGGGCGAGAACUUCGUCCGCUUCCUGAAGGGCGGCGCCCUGGCCAUCGCCGCGCACCUGGCCCGGAGGCGCGCGGGGGGGGAGGGGCCGGACUCGUGACGGGCAGGCGGGCGGGCGGGCCGCAUCGCGCGGGGGACGGAUCGGGCCAAUCGGGGCCUUCCGCUGGUUCGGAGCGGGCCGGCUGGAAGAGAACGGGGAAACCGCCUUCGGGAUCUGCAGGAUGCCGGAUCUGGGGCCAGCGAUCCCAUUGGACGAGAGGGGGCAGUGGGCGGGGCUCUGUCUGCGCGGUGGCUCUGAUAAGUUGAGAAGCUUUGAAAUCUGAACUGUGGACUUUUACAAGCAAGGAUUCAUCUUUAUUUCACACCCUGACUGUGUCCACCAGAGGCAGAGGACUCAGUGUGUGUCAGUAACACACACACACACACACACACCAAGAACUUUUAUAUUGUUAGGCAGCUGAUCGCAGGAAAGAAUGUACUACAGUGAAUCUAAAUUCCAGGGACUUGAAUUUAGAGAUGAAGGAUCUGAAGAUCAGGGUUUCUUAAAUAACGUGUAAAAAUCUCAGCCCUACUUCAAGUCUCCCCCUUGAUGUGCUGUAAGGCUGUGUGGAUUGGUUUUAAUUGGUGCCCAAAAGGUUUAUUGGUAAUUUCUCUAGAAAUUCCUCCUUGAAAUGCGGAUGAGGUUUUGCGUGUAUAUUUUUAAAGUGCAGUUCCUGAUGUAGUCACCAGGUGGCAGCAGACAAGCAAUAUUUUUACUUGCAGCCAUUGACAGCAUGGCCUGUAUGUGCAGGUGCGGUAUUUUUUAAUCUGUUCUUCACAGUUAUUGGGGCAGUUACUUUUCAGUUCAUGAAUUUUCUUAAAAUUAAUGAUUUUAAGUUCAAUCAAUUGAUUGAAAAUGUAAAAAGCAAAUGAAUGAUCUAAGGCCAUUUUUAAAGUAGAUUAAUAUAUUAAUUAUUUAUUAACAUUCAUUCCACUCAAUUCUGCCAGCUACAAGCAAUCCAUCAUACCUGUCCCAAUAUAACAUCUUCAGGCAAUUUUUUUUUUUAAAAAGGGUAUUUGAUGAAGUGGCAGCCAUAUUGGACAUGUUGAAUUGGAAUAUUAAAGAUGCUAGCUGGGUUAAUCAAUCACAAAACUGACUUGUGAACAAGGCCAUUCAAAGCCUGAAUGCAGCUGUAUCUUGUUAGCCAACAAGCUUACCCUGGUCCUGCAGUGAACUGCACUUCUGUGCAUUUUAGUUCAUCCAGAUGAAUGUAUUUAUUGUGAAUCUGAGCCAGAAUGGUGAACCGCUGUGUACCUCCAUCACACGGGCACCUGCGCUCAUUAAGCCUAAUAAUUAACACAAUUAUGUAGUGGGGGGGUUUGGAUGGAGCAAAAACAAGACAUUUCUCUGCCACUCCUGGACCAGGGUUGCCUACCCUUGUGCAAAGCAAUACUGAAUGGUGUGUGUGUGUGCAUGUGUGUGUGUGUGUGUGCGCGUGCGUGCGUGCGCGUGUGUGUGUGCGCGUGCGUGCGUGUGUGUGUGCGUGCGUGCGUGUGUGUGCGUGUGUGUGUGCGCGUGUGUGUGUAUGUGUGUGUGAGAGACCAUGAGCGUACCUUCAUGCACACGUCAUUAUACACCACUGGUACUCAUAUAUUAACAGAAGAUUAUAUUUUCAUAAUCAUAAUAAUUUCUGCCUGUUAGUAACUGACAGUAAAAUAUUUGUCACAUUUUAUCGUUUCCAUUCGUAGGUGUUUUAACCGAUGUACGAACAUUCCUAAAGAUCCCCUCCUGGGGAGGCAUGUGUGUCCCUGUGCAGGGGGGUGUGAGGGAGAGAGAUGAGGCACAAUCAUGCUGAUUUUAUUUUUGUUUUGGGGGGGGAGACAAUAAAACACUGAGCUGUACAUGAAUUUUACAUGUAUAUUUUUAUAUGCAGACCUGUUGAAAACAGUGCACUGGCUAAAUGUAUGCUAAUGUAUGCUACUAUAUUACAUUUUCUGUAUAAAAUUAGUGAAGAAGACGAUGCAUUUUAGGCAUGCCAUUUUAGACUCAAACUGACUAUCCGUUGCGUUUUGUUUAUGGUUUGACUGAAAGACCUGGUCAAUGUUAAAUUUCCGUUAUCUGGAAGUUAAUUUUGAUGUUGUAUAUGUUUGUCAUCAACCCGCAUUUUCUUUAAAGGCAUGUUUAGCUUUUUAGUGUUGCAUUGGAAUCUGGUGAAAAGUUCACAAUAGAAGAAAUCCACAUUAUUACCAGUGCUGCUAUGUCACCUUACACCAGGGGGGUGGCCGCUCUUAUCUGAAAAGGGCUGGCGUGGGGUGCAGGUUUUUGUGUUAGCCCAGUGGACGGGACACGACACCUGAUAAACUAUUUAACCAAUCACGGUCUUCGAGCAAGACCUCGAUAAGCCGAAUCGGGUGUCUUGGGGCUGAGCUAAAACUAAAAACCUGCACCCACACUGGCCCUUUUCAGAUAAGAAUAGACGCCCCUGCCUUACACACGUACCUUAAGAAAAGGCAUUAAGGAUCUGCUGUGCCCCUGCCCUGGGCAGGUACGUAUGUGUUCGACAGGUGAGCGGGCGUGUAGAAACCCUGGCUGUUGAUUCCACUGCUUUGUUUUAUCGUUUCGCCGCUUUGUGUACAUUGACACUGCUGACAGUCGUUGUUACUGAUGUGAGGAGCGUGCAGCUGAUUUCUGGCAGUUCGACUUCAUGUCUGUUGGAGGUAAUUUAACAUGAGCACCACUCUGGUGAUGGGCGGUAGGGUCUAGUUUAAAGGGCACCUUUCCAGGCCGGGCCGCGAUCGUUCAGUGCGCCCAAUAAACGCCCCCCCGCCCCCUCAUUUCUUUUGCAGUAAUGCUCUGGGGGUUUUUUAAAAGGUUAGCUCUCGCCCCGGUCUCUGGCACCGCUGGGUUUUGGGUUCUGGUCUCAGAGCUAGGAGGGUUUGGGCUUCAGUCCUGCAUAGAACUGUAGUCUUUACAAAGGUGCUUCAUCUUCAGUGCUUCUCAACCAUGCAGCUUUAUGAAUGGAUAUGUCAAAUAUGUCACCCAGGGUAACCAGAAUAAUAAUAAUAAUAAUAAUAAUGUUCUGUAUUCUUGAUUUGCUGCCGGUAAAGUUUUAAAAGAGUUAACUUUUAAAGAAUAAUGAUAGUUAUCGGGAGGGGAAGUGUGGUGUGUAGUGUCAACAUGAACUUGCCUUAAGAUGUCUGUCCUCUCUCAGUAUGCAUAUACUGGAAUAUUCGGUCCACAUCACUGUGGUCCAGACUGUUUGCGCACUGAAACAUUGCCAAGCCCUGUGUGGCUUUAGCAUGUUACUGGCUGCUAUUGAAAUGUGUUUAUAUUCAUUUUAUACCGCUUUCCUCAAUCUGGAACAUUCAGUACAUUUUAGAGGCUUUUUUUUUUUCCUAUCAGUGGUUUGAUAAUAAAUAUGCAUUGUUUGCUAAUUUAA